CAAGCCAAGCAAUCAAGUGUGUGUUUUUAGUGGCAUCGUUGUUGCAGUGUGUUUUGCUAGUUUUGCUCUUCGUUGCCGUUAGCGCUAUGCCGCGAAGCAUACUGCAAGAACAUUUGCUUCUCUCUGAGCUAAAAUGGUCAGAGAUAGAAGAUCUCUUAGCACUAGAGGUGUUAGGCGAGACUCGCCGUGACCCACUCUCCUUCCGUGGCCUGCUAAACAUCGACGCCAUGGACAACGGCAUGUUCAGGACAUGUUUUCGUUUUGAGAAAGAGGACGUACCGAAGCUGCGAGUAGCCUUGCGCAUUCCGGAAACGGUUAUGACUGCUCAAAGAGUGCCGAUCCCUGGAGACGAAGCCCUCUGCAUUACGCUUCGGCGGCUGGCAUACCCAAACCGACUAAAGGACCUUGAGAACUUCUUCGGCCGACAUAGUUCGACGAUAUCGUCCUUGACGAUAGAGGUGCUGAGGCACAUUGAUGAGAAAUUCUUCCACCUGCUGGACGAUGUGAAUAACCACAGCUGGCUGACCAUCGACAUGCUGGAGAAUUUCUCGAAGGCCAUUUACGCUAAAGGAGCCCCACUUACCAACUGCUGGGGCUUCAUUGAUGGCACUGCGCGUGCUAUAUGCCGACCAACCAGGCAGCAGCAGCUGUACUUUAGCGGGCACAAAAGAUUUCAUGCCCUGAAGUAUCAGUCAAUAAUGUGCCCGAAUGGCAUCAUUUGCCAAUUGGAUGGAUGUUAUCCAGGCAGCAAGCACGAUGCUGGCAACUUUGGCAACAGCCAGGCAUACACAAAGCUGGAAAAGCUCGUGCAGGGACACCACUACUGCCUCUACGGGGACCCUGCUUACCCAUUGCGGCCACUACUGUUGAAACCUUACGGCGGUGCAUCUUUGACACCGGAGCAAUGCGCGUUUAACAAGGCAAUGAGCAGCGUGAGGCAGGCCGUGGAAUGGGGCUUCGGAAAAAUUUCUGGACUCUUUGCCUUUGUAGAUUUCAAAAAAAACCAGAAGAUCUUCCGCCAGAAUGUUGCAAGGAUGUACAAAGCGAGUGCAUUGCUGGCAAACUGCCAUACUUGCCUGUAUGGUGCACAGGUCUCGCAAUACUUUGACCUGCAACCACCAUCCUUGGAAGUGUACCUGAAUGCCCGUUAACUUUAGUGACAGCUUGCAAUGUGGCACUGGUGAAUCCCUUUGCUUAUUAAAAAAAUAAAGUGUGCAACAUACCACUUUUUUAUUGUUCACCUAUUUCCAGACAUUCUUGUUGAUAGGUCUGUCACCUCUUGGCUGAGUUUAUCAAACAUCUGUUCGACACGCUUAAUAAAGUCCAGCUGUUCCUGCUGGCGACUUGUCACCUCAUGUUCGUGCUUUCUUUCGGCAAGCGCCAGCUUGCGCUCCUCCAGAGCUAGCCGUCUCUCUUCAAUGUCCAAUUUUCUGGCUUCGACUUGAAGUUCCUUUUUUCGGAGCUCGAAUUCAUGCGUUUGACGCAUAGUCAACAACUGUAAGCCCAUGCUUUGGAGGCCUCUGAUUCCUGGAAAUUUUGGGAAAUCAGGCCAUUCAGUUAGUCGGUUCACAUACGCAUAUCACGUGUCAUAGAAAGCUCACUUGAUGAACUCGUAACACAAACACAAGCCUUCAACUCUAUGCUAUCACACAUCAUUUAGUGAUGACCUAUUUUAUGCUUCAGCAGGGUGAUCCUCGAAGACUGAUAACAUCGCAGCCGUUGCUUGGAUCCUGACAUUUAGUGUAAUAACAAAAUAAGAACUGUUCUGGUACUGCUAUUUACAAGUGUUCAAUGUAAAGAGAGGUUCAAAAUUUCCAAGUUGUCGUAUGCUAACCUUAUCCAAAACUCCCACUUAUUCGUGGUAAAGAAAGCAAUCAUUCUUUUCACCUUCCUUGUACAUACAGAUGGUAAAGCAUGGCCAUGACUCGCAUCACAGUCUUGUCCUAAGUUACUUUUGAGAGGUGUGACACUUGUCCACAGCUCGGCAAACUCACUCAGACUCAGAUCGGCCCGUGAGUGUGAGUGAGUCCGGGUGAGUAAUAUUUUAGUGAGUCUGAGUGAGUCCAGUUGAAGAAAAUAUUGGUGAGUGAGUCCGAGUAAGCCCAAAGCAGCCCAAUGUACUAGACUCUACAGGGACAUCAUGUUGCCCAUUUGUACUGCUCC